AUGGCCUCCCCCGUAUACCUCAACUGGCCCGCCGCCAAAGUCCGCCAGGAGUUCUUCAACUACUUCCGCUCCAAAGACCACACCUUCGUGCCCUCCUCCGCCACCAUUCCUUACGAUGACCCUACCCUGCUCUUUGCCAAUGCGGGCAUGAACCAGUUCAAAAGCAUCUUCCUAGGCACUGUGGAUCCUCAAUCCGAUCUUGCAAGACUCAACCGCGCGUUCAACACACAAAAGUGCAUUCGCGCAGGCGGAAAGCACAAUGACCUGGAAGAUGUGGGCAAGGACUCCUACCACCACACAUUCUUCGAGAUGUUGGGCAACUGGUCCUUCGGCGAUUACUUCAAGAAAGAAGCAAUAGCAUAUUCCUGGGAGCUCCUGACGGAAGUUUACAAGCUACCCAAGGACCACCUGUACGUCACAUACUUUGAAGGCGAUGCCAAGAACGGUCUGGCACCCGACACCGAGGCGCAACAGUAUUGGCUUGACGUGGGUGUGGCGGAGGAUCACAUACUUCCGGGGAACGCGAAAGAUAACUUCUGGGAAAUGGGCGCCACGGGUCCAUGCGGGCCAUGUAGUGAAAUCCACUUCGAUCGCAUUGGAGGCCGCAAUGCUGCCCAUUUGGUGAACCAAGACGACCCAGACGUGCUCGAGAUCUGGAACAACGUCUUCAUCCAGUUUAACCGUGAGGAAGACGGUUCGCUCAGAUCGCUCCCUUCCAAGCACGUCGAUACCGGUAUGGGCUUCGAGCGUCUCGUCUCUGUGAUUCAGAACAAACGCUCCAACUACGACACGGAUGUCUUCUCUCCGAUCUUUGCAAAGAUCCAGGAGUUGACGGGCGUGCGCCCAUACCAGGGCAAGUUUGGUGACGAAGACGAAGAGGGCAUCGACACGGCGUACCGAGUCGUCGCGGACCAUGUUCGGACGCUAACGUUUGCACUCAGUGACGGUGGCGUUCCCAACCCCGUCGGCCGUGGUUACGUCCUCCGGAGAAUCCUCCGUAGAGGAUGUCGCUACGCCCGUAAGAAGCUCGGUGUCCAGAUUGGCUCCUUCUUCUCGUCCUUGAUGCCUGCCGUGGUUGAGCAGCUAGGCGAUACCUUCCCGGAGAUCACCCGCAGAACGGAGGAGAUCAAGGAGAUUCUGGACGAGGAAGAGGAGUCCUUCUCGCGGACGCUGGAUCGUGGAGAGAAGGUGUUCGACCUCUGGGCGCGCAGGGCGCAGCAGGCUGGGCUCAAGCAGCUCUCGGGCUGGGAUGUGUGGCGGUUGUACGACAGUUUCGGCUUCCCGGAGGACCUUACGCGCUUAAUGGCGGAGGAGCUCGGUCUCGAUAUCAACGAGGAGGAGUUUGCGGCCGCACAGGCCCACUCGAAGGAGGCGAGCAAGGCCGGCCAGAAGAAGGGAGAAAAGGACGUCGUGAAGCUUGACGUCCAUGACAUUGCAAACUUGGAGAAGACGCUCAACAUUCCCAAGACCGACGAUUCCGCGAAGUAUCAGCUUGGUAACGUCACUGCCCGCGUCCUGUCGAUUUACUCGGAUAAGAGUUUCGUCGACUCCACGGCAUCCAUCUCUGAGGAUGCGAGCUUCGGAAUUCUCCUUGACAAAACCAACUUCUAUGCGGAAUCUGGUGGACAGGAAUACGAUACCGGCGGCAUCGUUAUCGACGGCGUGGCAGAGUUCGAAGUAACCAAUGUCCAGGUCUUCAGUGGCUAUGUCCUGCACAUCGGCCAUAUGAAGUACGGGACCCUGAAGGUUGGUGAUGAGGUUCUCUCCAGCUAUGACGAGCUUCGACGGUGGCCCCUGCGCCACAACCACACCGCGACACACAUACUCAACUACUGCCUUCGUGAGGUCCUCGGAAAUCACGUCGACCAGAAGGGGUCUUUGGUCGCCCCCACUAAACUCCGCUUCGAUUUCUCUCACAAGGGUCAGAUCGCGAACGCUGAAUUGUCGAAGAUCGAAUCCAUGAGCAAGGAUUGGAUCGCGCGGAACGUCACGGUGUUCAGCAAGGAGGUAGCGUUGAAGACCGCGCAAGAGAUCUCUGGUCUGCGUGCUGUCUUCGGCGAGUCGUACCCUGACCCAGUGCGGGUGGUCUCGCUGGAGUUUUCCGUGGAGGAGAUGAUGAGCGACCUUCACAACCCGAAGUGGAGGUCGACGAGCGUCGAGCUGUGUGGUGGAACUCAUGUCGCACGGACGGGCGAGAUCAAGGACUUCGUGGUGACGGAGGAAUCGGGUAUCGCCAGGGGCAUCCGACGUAUUACGGCGGUCACUGGGCAUGAAGCUGCGGAAGUUCGAAGGGUCGGGGAUGCGAUGGCCGCGAGGCUGAACCAGUUGGAGGGCAUGUCUGGCCCAGAAAAGGAUGCUGGUCUGAGGAGCUUCACUGUGGACCUUGACCGGGCUGACAUCUCUGUGACCCGGAAAGCCGAGCUUCGCGAUCGCUAUGAGGUCGUGCGCACAACGUUCGACAAGGAGACGAAGGAGAAGUUGAAACAGGCAAACAAGGCUGCCUUGGAUGCUGUCCAGGAGUACUUCCAGACAAACGAGGACGCGGAAGCCUACAUCGCUAUCGUUGACAACGCGAAGGUCUUGCAGAACAUCGUCCAGCAGGGUAGAAAGCUCGGCAAGACGAUCUACGUGUUGAGCCCCGAUGCAUCUAGCGGGAAGGUCGCGCAUUUCAACUUCGUGUCUGAGGCGGCAAAGGCCAAAGGUCUCGAUGCUCACCAGUGGGCUGUCACGGUGACAGACCUCAUUGGCGGCAAGGCUGGAGGGAAAGCCGACAGUGUUCAAGGUUCCGGUGUCAAUGCCGACAAGACGAAUGAGGCGCUCGAUGCUGCUCGUAGCUACUUUACAAAACAGACGGGGUUGACGGUAUAA